AUGUCUGUGCGAGUGACAUUAUCCGAGGCCGAAGGCAGUGUAGGCCUUGGUCCUGAGUACCGUAUUAAAAGCGGCACAAAGCAAGAACCCAAGGAAUCGAGCGCUAGAGCUGCACGAAAGAUUGGUUCACACACGUUGUCAGAAAUAUUCUUACCAUCGGGGUUUCCGGACAGUGUUACUCCUGAUUAUAUCGGAUAUCAAAUAUUUGAUUCGCUGCAAGCAUUCAGCAGCUCAAUCGCCGGACUUCUAUCUUCAAGGGCUGUUCUUGAGGGCUUUGGCGUCGGAAAUGAAAACGCAUCAUCAACUCACGCCGUUCUACUUACGGUUCUUCAGGAUGCAACGGGCCGAUUAGCGACCAUCCUUUUCGCAUGGAAAUUCGGUCCGGCACUUGCCCCCGAGGCGAAAAUGUACCGACUCGCCGCGGAUAUAUUCAAUGACAGUGCAUUCGUACUUGACUGCCUUUCCCCGGCCCUACCGACACAACUCCGUAUAGCAGCGCUCUGCCUAGCAGGUGCUUUACGAGCUAUAUGCGGUGUAUGUGGCGGAGGUGCGAAGGCCGCCUUGAGCGUGCACUUCGCCCGAACAGGGAACGUGGGCGAGUUAAACGCGAAGGACGCGAGUCAGGAGACAGUCAUCGGGCUAUUCGGCAUGCUUUGCGGGUCCUUCGUUAUGGCGCACAUCACUUCGCGACGUACAACUUGGAUUGCGCUCAUAUUUCUUCUCACCGCACAUCUCGUGACGAACUACCUUGCCGUACGCGCCGUCACACUUACAACCCUCAGCCGACAACGAACAAAUAUCGCUUACGGGGUUUAUUGUGAGCAGAGCAACAAUGUCCUGACACCAUCAGAAGUAGCGCGGCGUGAACGGAUAUUUGAAGUACCCGGUGCUAUACGUGAUUCUUUGCAGGGUUUUCUCCUAGGGACGUGCACUAUCUGUACGUCGCCCGAGGAGUUAUUGCGCCGUUCACGGCAGGGAUCGAUGGCUUCUUGGAAAAAUGCUCUUGUAGCAUUUGAACAUGAAGCUUACGUUCUCCUCGGCAUACGAGCAGAUUUCCCGUGCAAGAUUCUGAUAUGCUUUAAGCACGGAGCAAAGCCCGAGGACUACCUAAAAGCUUGGGUGAAUGCCGUUGAACUUUGUCGGAUAGCUGGGUCCAGACUCCAGGUCGGACAGGAGAGCAAUAAUGUGACUCCAGGAAGUUUCAGCGCCCUUCAGAAGUCGUUGGAAUGCACAAACACAAAAUUCCUUGACUUUUUAGACAAGGCAAAUAAAGCCGGGUGGGAUUUGAAAACAGACGCCAUAUGCACAAUGCCUGUACGUACAAUGGACUUUGUGAUCGAUGACGGCGAGAUGAAGAAGGAUAAAUAAAUGCACCAAAUUUUAUGCACCUGCGAUACGGAAAACCCCUUCCAAUCUGGCGUGAAAGUUCGCAUUUAAGCAAGUAUGCAAAAUAGGUACGAGAAGAUACGGUACACUUCUGCCUUCACAUAUUAUGGCGUAAAGGGUAAAGAAUUCCUCGUGGAAUUGCAAAAUCGGUAAGAGCUUGCGAAACACUUUGGGAAGCACAGAACAAUGCGCAGUAGAGCCGUGAGGCAACGGAAGAAGAGCCUCGGCGUGAUGCACGGACCAAGUCUUAUCAAGCAAGGAACCUUCGAUAAUCAAUCGUCCUCAUGAAUAACAAUUUUGGCGGCUUCAGCCACUUCUCGUGGCUGGUCGUCUACCGCCGAUGCUCCGGGUUCGGAGGUGGGCUGUACCAUCUCAGCUGGGAGUGGACCUGGUUCGUCUUCUUCACUACCUUCCUCCCCCUCUUCACCUGGUUUCCUGAAGACCAUCACUUCGCCGUUAACAAGUCUUCGUUUCUUCAGUGGUGCAUCUCCCGCUGAAAUUCCUGUACCAGUAGUCCCCUCUGCACCGGCUUUACCUCCAGGGGCCGUUGAACUCGGGACACCACUCUUCGCUUUUUCCUUCGCCUUUUCUUUCUUCUUCUGCCUCUUUGCACGAUUCUUUGCUGUCUUAGCCUCAGCCUCUUCCUCCCAUUGACGUUUCUUCAUUUCAAACUCAAGUUCAGCGGUUUCCUUCUGCGUCUUCUCCUCCAUCAACUUCAGUCUCUCAUAUUCCCUCCUCCGGGCAGCCUUGUAUACAUGAAAUUCACCACUCCCUGCACCUGCACUACUCCCUUGCACGUUCUUCAUCAUCUCGCGCGGAGGGCGGAUCGUCUUCUCCUUCGGUGGUGUGGGGAUAUGUGCAGGUUUGGCAGGAUCUUUGAGCAACUUCGCGAGUUGCAUGCGCUGUAAUUCUAGUGCUGUUGGCGCAUGUCUGUUUGCUGGUGUUGUAGUAUUGUCUGAAUUUGGGCCUGGUGAAGGCGAGGCUGAACCUGAAGCAGCG